UUUGCAGCGUAUACGUUUUGCAACAUGCUGCUGUCUUAUCCCCCACAGGCAGCCUUAUUUAUUCACUCCACCCAUUCUUCUGGCCCCUUUUCCAGAAGGUGAAAGUCGAAGCCGAAAGAGAGAGAAGUGGAUCCUUCCCAAGUGCUUUGAGUUCCGCAGUGGCUCAGGUUCUCCCUGAGUUGUAGCAGUGGCAUGGCUGUGCUAAGGAGCUUUUAUUAAACGUGAUUGGAGGCCUUUGGCAGGAUACAAACAGCUUGACUCUCAGCAACACCAGGGAAAGGACUCGUGCGUUGAAAGCUAAGGGUAACACAGCUGCACCAGCCCAGCAGCCAGCAUGGAUCAGGGUCUGCGUGGCGAUGUACAGGUGGAGCGCAUCCUCGUGUAUUCGUUUCUGAAGAACUGUCACAACUGUGAUUUCAGCAAAGAGCUGGAUUCUCUGAGAAACCAGGUGAUGGUUUCCUCACCAAAAGACUUCCUGUGUGUUGAGUUUGAUGAUGAGGAGCUUCAGACCGAUGGGAAUCGGAGUGGCCGGUUCCAGAAUGGUGAGCCAGGUUCUGGUUUUGAUGAGGAAGUUUUCCAGCUCAUCGGCGCUCGGCUUGCUGAGAUCGGGGACCAAGUGGCUAGGGAGAUCGAUCAGAGAGUAGUAAAUGAUCUAGUGCUGCAAUUUCUGAAUGAGAAUCUGUCCAGAGCGGAAAUAAUGAGGCGUCUGUCUAAUACAGUGGAGGGGCUCAUGAGAGCCGUACCUUUGGAAAUGGAGCGGGAGAAAGCCAUGUUGGUGCUAGCAAUGGUUUUAGCCAGAACAGUAGCAAACAAAAUGCCAUCCCUUCUACACCGUGUCUUUAACACCACUGUGAAUUACAUCAACCAGAACCUCCAUGAUUACGUCGUCAACCUGGAAUAACAAAAAAGAAUGAGAGCGGAGCCAGUCCCAUUGACUUCUGUGGAGAAGAUGGCUUUUUGAGUAUUUACUUUAAAUGUUCAGAUGUUGCUUUUUUCCCCCCUUGUUUAAAUUCUUCGCAAUGCAGCUGUGAAGAGGGAAACACAACUGCUUAGUUAUGUUUUAGGUUUUUCAGAGAUCAGUACAGGAGAAAUGUUCAAGCUGUGCGAUUGUUCAGCAGAGACAUGGAGGAGUAUUGCUUGCCUGUUACUUUCUUCUACCAAAUAUUGAAUGUGACUUAGUGCUGGUGCAGACCUCUAUGGCUUAAGCAGAAGUACCAGUUGGCAGUGCACUCAGGUGUGUUUACUGAAACUUGAGCUCAUUAUCCCAUGUACUGAGGAUAGGGUGUGUCUUCCCUGCAGGGUUAAUGCAUGAGAUCAGCAGUGACAUUGGCCUACCCCAUGUGAGAGCAGCCACACUGCACACCCCUACUUCAAAGCUGUCUGUAGUGCUAGGUCUUCUGGAGAGACAGCCUAUGGUUCUUUUGUGCUGCAGUAAGCUGAGCUCCUGUAGUCUUUCCCACUGAAUUGUCUUUCUGAGCACAAUCCUCUAAUAGUGGCCCCCAGUUUUCCCUAUCAAUCAACUGCAAGUGAUCUAGCCUCACUGCAAAAUGGGUGGGUUACCAAUGCAGGUAAAAGUAGACGUUAGGUUAAUGUCUCUAGUGUGCACAUUAUCCUAGAGCAGCUAUGCUAGUGUAGCCUCUUCUGACAAGCACUCCUUCCUGCAGUCAUGAUUGAUAGGUAAUCCACCUAUCAUAGCAGCAGUGGGUAGGGCAACAUAGCUAAAGCAGUCAGAGUAGGGGGUGAAAAAUUCACCUGUCUGCUAGCCUGGGUUGGAGACAACCACCUGAGUAGUGUGCCUUUGUUUCCAAAGGUAUGUCUUCACUACAGGCUGGGGAGAGCCAUUGUUGAGGAAACUGUAUGCUCAGGGUUUACUCCCCCACUAUUCUUUUGAGCCUCUGGCUGAUGUCUGAUUUACAUGUGCAAAGUUAUAGAAAAGCAACAGAAUUGAGUGAUGUGAUCAGGUCAGAUAACAUUCAUCUGGGCAUACUUGAGCAUAACACACACUAGUUUUACUUUCCACUCAAGAACUACAGGAAGGGAUCUAAUGACUAAGAGGCUGGUACCCUUGUUCAUCUCUCAGCAUUAACUCAUGCCUGGUGGGCCUACCAGGAAUGUUGGCUCAACUUGACAGUUUACAUGAACUAAACUCUGAGUUACUGUUUCUCACAUCUGUAAAUAUUAAAUAAAAUUGUGAAUGCAACUGUUUAUUUUCAAAUUGGAGGUGCAAGGAAGUACUUAAAACUCACUCAAUACACACUGAAUCCCCUUG